AUGGAUCUCCAACGCAUUAACGCUCUCAUCCGCGAGAUCCCAGAUUUCCCCCAGCCUGGCAUCCUCUUCAAGGAUAUCUUCCCCCUCUUCCAGGACCCCAUCGCCGUCGAGAUGGUCAUCACCCACAUUGUCAACCAUAUCAAUACAACCAUCCCCGAAAAGGUCGAUGUCGUCGUUGGACUGGACGCUCGUGGGUUCUUGUUUGGACCCUUGAUCGCUAUGAGGUUGGGUGCUGCUUUCGCCCCCGUUAGGAAGGCUGGCAAGUUGCCUGGUGGAACUAUUCAGGUCUCUUAUGUGAAGGAGUAUGGCACUGACAUUUUCGAGAUGCAGGACGACUCGAUCAAGCCUGGCCAGAACGUGAUUGUGAUCGACGAUUUGAUCGCCACCGGCGGUUCCGCAGCUGGAGCGCAGGAGUUGAUCCAGAAGCUCCAAGGAAACGUCCUCGAGUUCAUCUUCUUGAUUGAGCUCGAGUUCUUGAAUGGCAAGGAUGUCCUCAAAGCUCCCGUCUACUCCAUGAUCAAGGCGUAA